UACUCAAAAGCGGCAUCAUCUUUCCUUCAGCGUCCACUUGUCAGUUGACUUCAUCAAACACCUAAAACGAAGCAGUGCUAAGCCCAUCAUGGCAUCGCCGACCGAAGAAGUCUCCAAUCUCGAGGCCACGGAGUCUACAUCGAAGAGAUGGGCAGACCGCAUUACCAGUCAAGGUCCAUGGCAGCCACUUUCCGACCCCCUCUCAUAUGCUGGACCACCAUCACUGCCCAUGCCGGUCCAAAUCAGCGACAAAGCAUCUCUUGCGCCAUUCUUCGAAUACCUCCGCGGCAAUGCCACUGGCGAGAAGCCCGAAGUCGCGCAUGAGCCCGGUCAUGAGGAAGUUGAACUGCUCGAGUUCUCCAAAGGCGUGGCCUACAAUGACGGCCGAAUUGACUUGUGCAAGAUGGUUACUGGGCCACCGAACAUUGGCGAUCUGAUGAACGCGCUUCGAUCUUACGCCAGCGGCAAACACUUCCUUCUGGGCAAUAACAUCGUCGGCCCGCAAGGCGCGCGUGAGAUUGCCAAAUUCAUCGAAGAGCGCCCUGAUCAAUACGAGACAUGGUAUCUCGCAGGCAAUUGCAUCGAUAAACGCGGUCUCGAAGCACUUGUUGAAGCCAUGAUCAAGUCUCUCGUCAUCACGAAUGUAUGGCUCAAGCGCAAUCCUCUUGGUGCGGACUCUGCAGAGGCACUUGCGCGGCUUUGCACAUCAUCACCUGUGUUACGGACUCUAGACUUGGAUCAGACGAACCUGGGAAACGAAGGAGUAGCAAAUUUAUUCAACUUGCUGAAUCGUCAUGAAAAGACGAUCGCGCUUCGACACGUCUACCUCAAUGCUUCGGGCAUCGGUGCCGAAGCGUUGACUGAGAUCGGCAAGUACCUGAAGCAUAGCGAGCUCGAAUCGUUGUACCUUUCCUGCAACCCCAUUGGCGAAGCUGUUGCACUCCUAGCUGAUGGUGUGCAAGAGUCUCAUACCUUGCAGCGUCUCGCCCUGCAAUCCUGCGGACUCACAGGCCCAACUACUGCCAAACUUCUCGAAGCUGUCAAGGGACAUCCGACUCUACAGACAGUUGAUAUCGGGCAGUCCUACGCAACUGAGGACUUGCACGUGCGCUUCAACUGGCUCGAUGGCGAAGAGUUCGCCAAAUCUCUACAAGACUUGGUCACUUGUAGCACCGGCACAGGACUGCGAUAUCUCAACAUCGGCUACACUCCCAUGACCUGCGAAGAUCUGCUGAACAUAACUGAAGCCGUCAUCUCGAAUUCGACUCUCGUCUGGUUCAAAGUCGACCCGCUCGUCAAAGGUGGCAAAUCCAGAGCCGAGGUCAAAGCAGGUCUGUAUCUGAAGAAGUCUAUGCACGCUGUCCGAGAGCGGCUGGCAAAUAAUGUGACGGAGCAGUAUCAGGGCAUGAGCUACGAAGAGUUUCACAACGGACCGAAACGCUUCUUGCUUUCGCCGCCUGAUGUGCGGUACAUCGACUCGGUCUAUCGGAAUCGAGAUGCAGGCAUGGCGCGUCGGGGGCUAAAAGUCCUGGACAAGUGGUGGGAGGAGGGCGACGAGACUUUGCGAAUGGUGCAGGAAGAUUGUGGGGAGUUGUAGAUAGAUCGACAAAGACUAAGUCUCUGAAGUGCGAGAGUAGCGAGGCGAGGAGUACAGGGCACGAAACAUGGGAC